AUGGCCGCCUUGUUGAAACAACCACUCAAGCUGGCGCUGGUCCAGCUGGCAUCGGGCGCCGAUAAAUCUGUCAAUCUCGCCCACGCCCGCACCAAAGUCCUCGAGGCCGCCAAAGCCGGCGCCAAGCUCAUCGUCCUGCCAGAAUGCUUCAACUCACCCUACGGCUCCCAGCACUUCCCCAAGUACGCCGAGACCCUGCUUCCGUCGCCCCCCUCGCAGGAGCAAUCCCCCUCCUACCACGCCCUGUCGGCCCUCGCCGUCGAAGCCAAGGCCUACCUCGUCGGCGGCAGCAUUCCCGAGCUGGAGCCCACCGAGAAGAAAUACUACAACACCUCACUGGUGUUCUCCCCUUCCGGCGCUCUCAUCGGCACCCACCGCAAGACCCACCUCUUUGACAUCGACAUCCCCGGCAAGAUCACCUUCAAGGAGAGCGAGGUCCUCUCCCCGGGGAACCAGCUCACGCUCGUCGAUCUGCCCGAGUACGGCCGGAUCGGGCUGGCCAUCUGCUACGAUAUUCGCUUCCCCGAGGCGGCCAUGAUCGCCGCGCGCAAGGGCGCCUUCAUGCUCGUCUACCCGGCUGCCUUCAACAUGACCACGGGGCCCAUGCACUGGUCGCUGCUGGCGCGUGCCCGCGCUGUCGACAACGAGCUCUACGUCGCGCUGUGCAGUCCCGCCCGCGACGUCAACGCGGACUACCGCGCCUGGGGCCAUACCCUGGUCAGCACGCCCAUGGCGGAGAUCGUCCAGGAGGCGGGCGACGCCGAGGAGAUUGUCUACGCGGAUCUCGAUAACGACACUAUCGCCAACACCCGCAAGAGCAUUCCCAUCUACAACCAGCGACGGUUCGACCUGUACCCGGAUUCGACCAUUGCUGCAGCCACCGACACCGACGCCGUCAACCCGUUCAAAAUGUCCAACGUCCAGACCGGCAAGAAGACCCGCUCGGCCAUCGCCGAUGUGGUGUCGCGCGAGUACACCAUCAACCUGCACAAGAGAACCCACGGUGUUAGCUUCAAGAAGCGUGCUCCCCGCGCCAUCAAGGAGAUCCGUGCUUUUGCCGAGCAGGCUAUGGGCACCAAGGACGUCCGCCUCGACCCCCAGCUCAACAAGAAGGUCUGGGAAGCCGGCAUCAAGGGCGUUCCCUUCCGUCUGCGCGUGCGCAUCUCGCGCAAGCGUAACGACGAGGAGGACGCCAAGGAGCGCCUGUACUCGCUCGUCCAGGCCGUCAACGUCAAGAACCCCAAGGGUCUGCACACUGCCGUUGUGGAUGAUGAGUAA